UUUCGAGAUUUCCUGUCUAUCACAACAUCGUGCCAAGCUUUAAAGCCCUCACUGUCAAUCAGAACCAUCCAUUAUCAGUAACGUUAUGGGUGAUGCGAUCAGCUCAUUACUUUUUCAGCCGCCUCCUCCGACGUUCCUGCACCCGAGUCGGCAUUUCUGGCUAAAUACGUCGCACGGAAGCCGCAUCCCAGCCUUUUUUAUUGAACGACCAAAUGCAUCCGUAACAAUUCUGUUCUCACAUGGCAAUGCGGAAGAUCUGGGGAUGAUUUAUGAUUGGUUCAACGACUUGGCGCGAGUGCUGAGAGUGAACAUAAUGGCCUACGACUACACCGGAUACGGCAAGUCAAAUGGUCACCCAUCAGAAGAACAAUGUUACCAAGAUAUUGAAGCCGCCUAUCGAUACUUGACAGAAGUUCGACGCCUUCAGCCUGAGCAAGUUGUCCUCUACGGUCGGUCUCUUGGCAGUGGUCCAUCUUGCUAUCUCGCGUCAAAAACGGCCAAAGAAGGGCGCUCGGUUGGCGGGGUUAUUUUGCAAUCGCCUUUGCUUUCUGCGUACCGCGUGGCUUUCAACUUUCGAUUUACUAUGGUGGGAGACAAGUUUCCAAAUAUCGACUUCGCAUCGAAAAUCGCUUGUCCAGUUUUUAUCGUCCACGGAACACAGGACGAAGUGGUUCCGUUUUGGCACGGACAAGACUUAUUCUUGGCUCUUAAACAGGAGUGGCGUGCCAAACCUUUUUGGGUGGACGGAGCGGGGCACAAUAAUAUCGAAGCAAUGUUGAGGUCGACUGGUACUUUUGUUGCCAAAUUGAUGGAAUUUCUGGAUUUGCACGUGGUGGCCCGCCGCGGGAAGAUUGGACCGCCACUUGUGGUACCGGAGUGCGUUCCGAUCGCUUUACGGGAAUUGCAGGGAAUGCUAGGGCGGGUUCGAUAG